AUGACUGCCUGCACAGUUUCAUGGCAACACUCAACUGAGGCUUACUGGCUCCACCACCUUUCUGGAGACUUUGAUACCCUUGGAUUUCCAUUUUAUGCCUCAUGCUCAAAGGCUGAGGGAACUCGGUGCCGCCUAGGGGCCACCUUGGAUCCACCGGGUAUUUUUCCUCUCCGGUCUUAUGGAGUUCCCAUCCUUGGGGAAGAAGGGGACCCGCUUUUCCAACCUCUGCAAUACUGGCCCUUCUCCUCUGCUGAUUUGUAUAAUUGGAAAGCUAACCACCCGCCCUUUUCAGAGGAACCGCAGAAACUAACUGGUCUGGUAGAGUCCCUGAUGUUUUCCCACCAGCCCACCUGGGAUGAUUGUCAGCAGCUUUUGCAGGUGCUCUUCACAACAGAAGAGAGAGAGAGGAUUCUCCUGGAGGCACGAAGGAAUGUGCCUGGAACCGACGGGCGACCUUCGCAACUCCCUCAUGACAUAGAGAGGGGGUUCCCGUUGACUAGACCCAACUGGGACUUUAAUUCUCCAGAAGGUAGGGAGCGACUAACCAUCUAUCGUCAGGCUCUGGUGGCAGGUCUCCGUGGGGCCGCAAGACGCCCCACCAAUUUGGCCAAGGUAAGAGAGGUCAGCCAGGGAGCCACUGAAGCACCCGCAGUAUUCUUAGAGCGCCUGAUAGAAGCCUUCAGGCGGUAUACUCCCUUUGAUCCCACUUCUGAGGGGCAUAGUGCUUCAGUGGCCCUUGCUUUUAUUGGACAGUCGGCACCCGACAUUAGAAAAAAGCUUCAGAGACUAGAAGGCUUACAGGAUUUGUCGCUGAGGGAUUUGGUGAAAGAAGCAGAGAAAGUUUAUCAUAAGAGAGAGACUGAGGAAGAGAAGGAGUUACGGAAGGAAAAGGAAAGGGAAAGUAAAGAAGAAAAGAGGGAUAGGAAGUAUGAGAGAAAUUUAACAAAGAUCUUGGCUGCAGUAGUAGAAAGUAAGGGACGCCCGCCCUCUAGUGGUAGAACUAGUAAGGCAGGGUCCCUGGGCAACCGACCUCCUUUGGAUAAAGAUCAGUGUGCGUACUGCAAGGAGAAGGGGCAUUGGGUGAAAGAAUGCCCUAAGAAACCACCGCGGGGACCUCCGAAGAAGGUGUUGUCUCUGCUGGAAGAUGAGGAUUAGGGAAGACAGGGCUCGGAGCCCCUCCCCGAGCCUAGGGUAACUCUGAAGGUGGAGGGGCAACCCGUUGAGUUUCUGGUAGAUACCGGUGCUCAACAUUCAGUACUAACCCAAGCUAGAGGCCCCCUUUCUAGUAAAAAGUCUUGGGUGUUCGGGGCCACGGGUCAGAGACAAUAUGCAUGGACUACCCAAAGAACAGUGGACUUAGGAGUGGGACAAGUAAACCACUCAUUCCUUGUUAUACCGGAAUGCCCUACACCCUUGUUAGGAAGAGACAUCUUGACCAAAGUCGGGGCCCAAAUAUCCUUUCAGGCUGAAGAUACCCGAGUGACUGAUAGAGAGAAGAAACCUUUGGGCCUAAGUAUUCUGUCCAUAAGAUUAGAAGACGAGUACCACCUUUUUAAGGAACCAGAACCCUCCCGAGUUAAUCAAAGGUGGCUCAACCAGUUUUCAGGGGCCUGGGCGGAGACGGCAGCUAUGGGGCUUGCUGUAAAUCAGCCCCUGGUGGUCAUAGAAUUGAAAGCCUCAGCCUCACCAGUAACUGUGAGACAAUAUCCAAUGAGUAAAGAAGCCAGAGAUGGAAUUAGGCCCCAUAUCCAGAGGCUCAUAGAGCAGGGGAUAUUAGUAAAAUGUAAAUCCCCAUGGAACACUCCCUUGCUGCCUGUAAAGAAAGCGGGAACAGGAGAUUAUCGACCAGUGCAAGAUUUAAGAGAAGUUAAUAAGAGAACACAGGACAUUCAUCCCACUGUGCCGAAUCCUUAUAACCUGCUAAGCUCUCUGGCCCCAGAAAACACUUGGUAUACAGUCUUAGAUUUAAAAGAUGCCUUCUUUUGUUUGCACCUGCACCAGAGUAGCCAACCGCUGUUUGCUUUUGAGUGGAAGGACCCCUCAACAGGAACUACUGGACAAUUGACCUGGACUUGCUUGCCACAAGGAUUCAAGAAUUCACCUACCCUCUUCGACGAGGCUUUACACCAGGACUUGGCCUUUUACCGAGCCUCCAACCCACAGGUAACCUUGUUACAAUAUGUUGAUGACUUGCUGAUAGCCGCCCCUACACAAGAAGUCUGCCAAGAGGCCACUGAAUCCCUUUUGACUGAACUUGCUAAGCUGGGGUAUAGAGCAUCUGCCAAAAAGGCACAGAUCUGCCAACAACAAGUGACUUAUUUAGGGUAUUCCCUGAGAGAAGGGAAAAGGUGGCUUACUGAAGCCCGGAAGCAGACUGUGACGCAGAUCCCGGUCCCUACUACUCCGCGCCAAGUCCGCGAAUUUCUGGGAACAGCAGGGUUCUGUAGAUUAUGGAUACCCGGAUAUGCCACCUUAGCCGCCCCCCUGUACCCCCUAACCAAAGGGGCAGCCCCGUUUGUUUGGGGACCUGAACAGCAACAGGCCUUUGAUGAGAUCAAGAAGGCCCUCCUGUCGGCACCUGCUCUGGCCUUGCCAGACGUGACUAAGCCGUUCAUCCUUUUUGUGGAUGAACGGGGUGGAGUGGCUCGGGGAGUGUUGACCCAGCAAUGGGGACCUUGGAAGAGACCUGUCGCCUAUUUGUCAAAAAAAUUAGACCCAGUAAGUAGCGGAUGGCCUGCCUGUUUGAGAGUAGUGGCGGCCGUGGCCCUCCUAGUUAAAGAUUCUGACAAACUGACACUGGGACAGAAACUUACUGUGGUUGCUCCGCAUGCGUUGGAGAGUGUAAUUCGGCAGCCACCCGGGAGAUGGAUGUCAAAUGCCAGAAUGACUCACUACCAAACCUUACUCCUGAAUCGUGAUCGUGUGGAGUUUGCCCCCACUGCCAUUCUAAACCCGGCCACUCUGCUUCCCGAUUUGGGGAAGGAAGUGCUUCAUACCUGCCAGGAAAUCCUGGCUGAGGAGACAGGCACCCGCCAGGACUUGCAAGAUCAGCCCUUAGGAGGACCGGGACUCCUGACUUGGUAUACGGACGGGAGCAGUUACAUCAUGGAUGGUAAGAGAAUGGCUGGAGCUGCAGUAGUAGAUGAUGACCGGAUUAUAUGGGCCAGUGGACUCCCAAUGGGCACCUCUGCACAGCGAGCAGAACUCAUCGCCCUGACUCAGGCCCUAAGGAUGGCAGAAGGUAAGAGACUUAACGCCUACACUGACAGCAGAUACGCCUUUGCCACUGCUCAUAUACAUGGGGCUAUUUAUAGACAGAGAGGGCUGUUAACCGGGAAAGAUGUUAAAAACAAACAAGAGAUUUUAGAUUUGCUAGAAGCCAUCCAUAGGCCUAAGGAAGUAGCAAUAAUACAUUGCCCUGGACAUCAGAAAGAUGACUCUCCAAUAGCUCGAGGAAACCGGAGGGCAGACCAAGCCGCAAAGCAAUCGGCUCAGGGAAUGAACAUUUUGCCCCUCCAAGUGUGUCCGGAAGCCACCCACAUUAAGAGCUUCCAGUAUACACCUGAAGAUCUCGUUUGUAUAAACAAAUUAGGGUUCAAAAAUUUCUCGCCCCAAGAGAUAUACAUGUCUGAAGAAGGGAAAGUUGUCCUGCCCCAGAGAGAGGCAGAGGAAUACUUAAGGCAAUUACAUCAAUUGACACAUCUGGGAGCAAAAAAUCUAAAAACCUUGGUUCGAGACUCCCCUUAUCAUGUUAUUGGAUUAGGAAAAUUGGCUGACGAGGUUGUAAAAAAUUGUGUACCCUGUCAAUUAGUAAAUGUGAGCAAAAAUCAAGCAAUAUCUGGAAAAAGACUUCGAGGAGAUCGCCCAGGAGCUUAUUGGGAAGUUGACUUCACUGAAAUUAAGCCUGCUAAGUAUGGAUAUAAGUACCUUCUAGUUUUCCUAGACACAUUUUCAGGAUGGACAGAGGCGUUCCCCACAAAAACUGAGACAGCCCAGACGGUGUCUAAAAAGAUCCUUGAAGAGAUAUUUCCCAGAUUUGGGAUCCCAAAGGUAAUCGGCUCCGACAACGGCCCUGCCUUUGUUGCCCAGGUUACGAGCCUUGGAGGCUGUGCAGAAAGAGGUGUGGGCCUCCAUCAAGGAAGCCUAUUGGCCAGAGGACCUCUCAGUGCCUCACCAGUUCCAGGUGGGAGACCCCGUCUACGUGAGAAGGCACCGGACAGGAAACCUCGAGCCACGGUGGAAGGGACCUUUCAUCGUCCUCCUGACUACUCCCACAGCUGUGAAAGUGGAUGGCAUCUCUUCCUGGAUACACGCUUCACAUCUAAAGAAGGCACCCCCGUCGGACUCGGACUGGCGAGUAACUCGGACUGA